GUAACAAACCGAAGCAAGAGAUCGCUUCGGGAACCUGUAGGUGUACGGAGCCGAGUCGCUUUGAAGUUUGAACGGCAGGCGACUGUCUCUCAACUGUCUCGUGCGUUGUAUCCUCUUCGUCUUUCCCGGUCAGAAUUGUCGUCGCGUACUCUUCCUCCUCCUCUUCCUCCUCUUCGUCUUCAACCUUGUGGAAUCGUUCCCCUUCGCUGUCGGCAUGGCCUCGCCGACACCAGGCAGCUCUCGAUCAGCUUCUUUCAGGGAUGACGACUCCGACACUGCCAAGCUUGAAGGCACUGGUAGCUGGGAUGCCAUCGAAUGGACCAAAAUUGAGCCCAUCAUACGCCCCAUUUCGCGGGAGAAUCUAGAUUUCUUGCUUGAGGCUGAGCAAGUCAAAGCCCAAGAAUAUGGUGUUGUUCUUGUUAAUAACAAUGAUGUGGGUACAUUAAUGGUUACAAAUUUUCGCCUUCUAUUUGUGAGUGAGAAAACCACAAAAGUUAUUGCUCUAGGAACAAUCCCACUUGCAACGAUCGAGAAGUUUACCAAGAUUGCUGUGAAGACUCAAUCUACUCUUCGUCAGUUGGACAAAACACCAUCACAAAGAUUGCUCCAGGUCAUUGGAAAGGAUAUGAGAAUUAUAGUUUUUGGUUUCAGAUCUCGUACAAAACAGAGACGGGCAAUAUUUGAAACAUUACUGAGAUUGACAAAGCCUGCGAGACUUUGGGAUCUCUAUCCUUUUGUAUCAAGGCCUUCUAGUUUAAGGAACACAAACCCAAAAGUUCGUUUACUGGAUGAGUAUUUUCGGCUUCUUGGGAAAGGAUCUUAUCGUGGAUCAAUUGAUAUGAUCAGAAAUGGGUCCUUUACCUUGUCCAAUGCCUUGUGGAGAAUAAGUAGUGUGAAUUCCAACUAUACCAUGUGUCAAACUUAUCCAUUUGCAUUGAUUAUUCCAAAGAGCAUUAGUGAUGAUGAAGUGGUUCAGGCUUCCACUUUUCGAGCAAGAUGCCGGCUGCCUGUAGUUUCAUGGUGUGAUCCUGGUACUGGUGCAGUCCUUGCUCGUUCAUCACAACCCUUAGUUGGUCUUAUGAUGAAUAUGAGAAGCAACACAGAUGAAAAGCUUGUGGCUGCACUUUGCAACAAACUGGAUGAUGGUUCACGGAGGAAGCUAUACAUUGCUGACGCGAGACCAAGGAAAAAUGCAUUAGCUAAUGUGGCCAUGGGGGGUGGUUCAGAGUCAUCAUCAAAUUACUUUCAAUGUGAGGUAGUCUAUUUUGGGAUAGACAACAUCCAUGCAAUGAGAGAUAGCUUUGCUAGACUCAGAGAGUACUUAGAUACUUAUGGCAAAGCAUCAUCAGAUGGAAUGUCAUCUUUUUCGAGGAAUGGUGGGUGGACAUGGGGUGGAGGAUUAUUAAGUGGCAUGUCUGCUUCAGUAUCAACACUUGGGGACAGCGGAUGGUUACUGCACAUUCAAAAUGUCUUGGCUGGUUCAGCUUGGAUUGCUGCUCGUGUUGCUGUUGAAAAGGCUUCUGUGCUUGCACAUUGCAGUGAUGGAUGGGAUAGAACAACUCAGUUGGUUUCACUUGCUAGUUUGUUGCUUGAUCCCUACUAUCGGACAUUCAAAGGGUUUCAGGCACUUGUCGAAAAAGACUGGUUAGCGUUUGGUCAUCCAUUCUCAGAUCGUGUGGGAAUGCCAUCAGUCAGUGGAAGUGGCAACACACCUGAGUUGUCUUGGCAAUCUCCUGGAAAUCACCCAUCAUCACCCAUGCGUCAGUCAUCAGGAGCAUUGAGUUCCCAACCUCCAACCUCUCACGCACAAACUUCGAACAACUACUCUCCAAUUUUUCUGCAGUGGGUGGAUUGUGUUUCACAACUGCUGCGGACAUAUCCUUUUGCUUUUGAGUUCUCUUCAGCUUUCCUGGUGGACUUCUUAGACUGUGUUCUUUCAUGCCGCUUUGGAAACUUCUUAUGUAAUAGUGAGAAGGAAAGGCAACAAUUGAAUGUUUUUGAAGCAUGUGGAUGUUUGUGGGCAUACCUAGCUGAGCUGCGGGCUUCAGAAAGUGGUUCUCAUGUGCAUUAUAACCUCUUUUAUGACCCGUCAAAGCAUGAUGGUCAUCUUCGGCCUCCUGCAGCAGCUUUAGCCCCAACUUUGUGGCCCCAAUUCCAUCUGCGUUGGGUUUGUCCAGAAGAAUCACAGGCUGGGGAGAUUGAAUCAGAAUGUAGGAAGAUGGCUUUAAAUUUCUGUGAGAUGAGGAAGGCUAAGGAAGAGGCGGAGAAGAAAGCCGACGAAAUUGCAAAUGCCAUGGAAUCACUGAAAGUAGAACGUAGAAACGAGAAGCAACUAAGAAUAUCAGCUAUGAACAUUGCCAAAAGAACAAACAAAGAAAAUGUGGUGAUGAAGAGGGCAAUUCAGUCAAUUGGACGCAAGGUUUACUUCUCUAGCAGCGAUGAUAGUAUUGUUGAUAUUGAAAUCUGUCCAGCUGAAGCAGCUCAAAACUUGAAGUAUUCUCUAAACGGAAAGGAAUUUGAUGAUAAAAAGGAUUUAUCUGCAUCGGUAACAAUUACAGAACAUGACAAUGAUGCAAACAUUGCUAUUAGUCAAGUAUGUGAAACUCUAUGCCCGUUUCGUUCCCAAGAUGGACAUUGCAGGUGGCCCAAUUCUGUUUGUGCUCAACGUGGCAGCCAGUUUGUUGGUCUAAAGGCAAACUUUGAUGCUCUUGAUCAACUCUUAAUUAAUGAUGAUUAUUUCAAGCCUGAGUGAUCAGGGAAUUCAGGUCCAAAAAGUAUCAAGUUUUGGUUUUUUUUUUCUUUUUCCUGUACUGUAGCGUAGUCAAGAGUUCUAUUUGAAUUUCCAGAUGACAAAUGAAGACGGCAAGAUUUGGCUCUGUGCCAGGUCCCGGGAAUUGUUCAGACUUAAGACCAUGUCAGUACAGUACAGACAUGUCUGGUAAGCUUGGGAAAAUAAAUUGAUCAUUGAUGUGGUGGUCUAUAUUGUUGUAUGCAGGUAUAGCAAAUGGUAGAAGCUAAAGAUAACUGUUGUUGUACAGGUAAUAAGUGAAGUUUCUAUUCAAAAUUGGUCUAGACACAGAUGGACAGGUGUAUAUGGCAGGAAAAGUUUGUUGUAAAUUGGUGUAUGUUAGAGCCACUCUUUAUUUGCAUUCAAUUUAAUGCUACCACCUUCAUUCCUAAAAGAUGAGUGUGUCUUGAGGGUAGGAAAUGAUUUUUCCCCUACUUUUUCUAUACUGUCUAUUUAGAUAUCAUGAUGCUUAUUUAAUAAUACUUGUUUACCAUCAAA